CAUUCAUUGUCACACUGCGGUGGAUGAGGAAGCACAAAAGACAGCUUCGGUGGUUAGCUUUCCUUGCCUGGAUAACGUACGUCAUUUACGUCCAGAUUUACAGCUUUUACAUCAUGGAACAGGACUAUGACGCGUGCAACGGAGGUGGUCUCGUAGCGUGGGUCAGCGCCGUCAUUCUGUUAUACAUCAUGCUGUUCAGACUGAUCCUUCCCCACAUACACCACGUCCGGCGGCUGAAGAGAUCAAUCUGCAUCCGGCCGUUCGAAUGCUGUCGAGUUACGUGCCAAUACACGUUGGUGCGUCUCGCCACCUGCGCCAUAGUGUUCGUUUUGAUUGUGAUGUUGACACACCAGGGACGCUUUGUGCCUUCCACUCACCAGUGCAUCGCCUUAUCCGGCUACUUUGCCAUCAUUUUGAUCGCCUACUUUCUCUCUGUGGAGCCAGAAAAGAUUGAUUGGCGUCUGGUCAUCAAGAAUUUGUUAAUACAGAUUAUCAUCGUGUACAGCAUGAUGAUCUGGACCUUUGGCCGCGUGUUGCUGCAAUGUACUGCCGAGAAGAUAACCGUCUUUUUUUCGUUCAGCAAGGAAGCCGCUGCAGUCGUGUUCUCCGAUCAACUGCCACACAUGCUAGCCAUAGAGCUGCUGUGUACCCUCACUCUGACUGGCUGCUACAUGCAUAUCUUGUACUACCUUGGGAUCCUUCAAAGCUUUUUCCACAAGCUCGGCUUUAUCUUGGAAAUGAUCACAGGAGCCACGGCUGUGGAAGCCAUCUGUGCCGCGCUUUGCACACUUUGCGGAGGGGUAGAGGCGGCUGUGGUGCUGGAACCAUACAUAGUGCUGUUGACAAUGUCCGAGCUGCACACAUUUAUCGUCAGUGGGUUCGCCUUCAUGACAGGCGUUACAUUGUCUUUGUACAUGUCCUUGGGAAUUGAUCAAGUGAAUCUGAUGACUGCGAACUUCGCCACCUGCAGUGGAGUACUUGCGUUAUCAAAAAUUGUGUACCCCGAGACCGACAGGUCGGUCACGACCUACAAGGACCUCAAGUUUCUGGACAGGGACGAAUACAAUUUGGUGGACGCAGCCGUGCGCGGGGCCACUGCCAUCAUCAAGGUUCUGGUCAACGUCAUCUCCGGACUCAUCGCCAUGGUCUCGGUGGUGAACAUGUCCAACACGUUCGUGGGAUGGGUCCUGGAGAACAUCGGAAUACCGGGUAUGGACAUCAUUGGUAUCCUGUCAUUCAUCAGUCGACCACUGAUCUUCCUGAUGGGCGUGGAGUGGCAGUACUCGGACAAAGUGGCCCGGCUAUUCAUCAUCAAGACGGUCAAGAACGAGAACUUUGCUUACAGGGCCUUCUCUAAACUUCAGCAAACUGACCCGAUCCCGAUGCGGGAGCAGGCAGUGACGACGGCACUGCUGUACGGCUACAGCAACAUCGCCCACAUCGGCGUGAUCACGGCGUUGAUGACAGUGCUAGCCCCCGAGCGGCGCCAGGACAUCAGCAUCACUGUCAUGAGGGCCAUGUUCACCAGCGUGCUGGUCAACAUGCUGACAGCCUCCGUCAUCGGUGCGCUGGUGACUCCACACGAUCUCAAACUGGCUCAAAAUGUGACCAACCUGAAUGUCUCUGCGCAUUGGACAAGAUGACGAGGCCCUCAGAGCGUUCAUUUUCAACAUCCCGAGCUGUUAGGCGUAAGUGAAUCGAUGCGUGGGCUUGGCGCGUCGAAAACCCCGCUUACCUGCUUGUGAGGAAAUAUACAGUGAUCCCUACCAAAUUCAUUUCGUUAGUGGCGACUACGUCAGUAUAACAACUCAAGCCCAACGGGAGUUAAGUGUAAAGAGUGACCAUAGUCACUUUCAGUGUUUAGUGAUCACUGUUAUUCCGAGCCCGGAAUAUGGGGAUUCCAUCAGAUCACUCCGGCGCUCACAUCCUUGCACACGGCCCAGGCGUUCUUAAAACAAAUGCAUCUACCAUCCUGUGACUUUAUUUCAAUAUGAUCGUGACUUCAAGACACAACGUGAUCAAAGCGUUCGAGAAGGCAGUGCUCUUCCUUCUUGCGACAAAUGGAGUAAGAGCACGAUUUGUGAUCGAGCACCUUCCUCCCCAACGAGUGGCUGCGAGCACCACUACUAUCUCACCAGACAACCACUAACAACACUGAGGAGCGGCACGUGCGAACAGUGCAUCGGUGGAGGGCAACGUCUCGGCCGCGGGGCGCCCACGACGCGAUGGCGGAUGCGCAGCGGGACGCUACUAACCCGACGGUGACGCGCCGGCUCCGGCGACCCCGGGCCACACCACACCGGCGCGUGCCAUCGGACCAACGGCGACGCGCCGGCUCCGGCGACCCCCGGGCCACACCACACCAGCGCGUGCCAUCGGACCAACGCCAACGCGCCGGCUCCGGCGAC